AUGGCGCUAACAGUUGAAACACGCUUUAAAAACAGCCCUUGGGGAUGCCACCUUCAAAGAGGCGCGCAGCCCCGGGCAGCGGGCAAGUCCUUGCUUUUCUGCGCCGGCUUUCCAAGUCUCUCCCCUGUCUUUCGUGCCAUUUACUAUAAACAACAUUCGAAGGUAGCACCGUGUACGUUUUCAGCCCUGGCAGGAGAGCCUGGGAGCCCCAGGAGCGCGUGGGGUCCGCGCCGCGGCCGGGUCUGCACGCGCCGUAACGAGCAACACAGUCCCCUACCUGGGUGGGAAAUCCGCGGGCGGCCGCCUCCGGGUGCGGGCGCAACGGCGUCCGCCUUGGUGGCCCCGCCGGCAGCUCCCGCGAACGCUGCGCUGGGGCGAUCCCCGCGGAGGCAGGAGUCCACGGGUGUCACACAUGCAUCACGGCGCCCGCGCCGCCGCAGCCGCCGCCGCCGCCCGCCCUGGCGCAGCGCGCAGCGCGCAGCGCGCCGCCGCCACACCGAGCACCAAGGGCGGGAGGCUCCUGCGUCCUCUAUUCAGUGGGAUCAGAUCCUAACCCGCUUUCUACCCGGCCUGAGCAUUAAGGCAUUCGCGGCGGGCAGCUCUUCGCUUCUAAAUCUCCUUCUGAUUGGAGACGGAGUGUUUGGGAUAGCUGGCUCAUGGCUCUGCCGCCCGCCCCUCGCCGUGAGGAGGAAGCGGAGGAGGAGGCGGCUCGGGGAGCUGGAGCCGCGAGCUGGAGCGCGGAGCGUGAGUGAGGGAGCAGAGCCGCCUACCUGCCCGCCGCCGCCUCACCUCAGUAAGCGGGAGCCCGGCACGCAGCCUCAGCCCCUCCCUCGUCGUCAGGCCGCGAGGGCAGCGCGCGCGAGCCAGGGGGAGGGAAAGCAAGCGAGCGAGCACGGGGAGGAGGCGGCCGGACGGAGCCGGCGCCCGCGCGUGUGGCGUGAGGGGAAGCCGCGGCCCUCCCCCUUCGCCUUCCCUUCUCUCCCCUCCUCGCUCCCCCCGCCCCCUCGACCGCUGAGCAGCACCGUGUCGGCGCUCGCGGCCAAAGUCAGUAAAAAGGUGCUCAACUCCAACCACGACGGGGCCAAGGAGACCUCAGAAAAAGAACAACAAGAAGCAAUUGAACAUAUUAAUGAAGUACAAAAUGAAAUAGACAGACUUAGCGAACAAGCCAGUGAGGAGAUUUUGAAAGUAGAACAGAAAUAUAACAAACUCCGCCAACCAGUUUUUCAGAAGAGGUCGGAAUUGAUCGCCAAUAUCCCAAAUUUGGGGGGAGCAACGUUUGCUAACCAUCCACAAGUAUCUGCACUGCUUGGGGAGGCGCUGCGUUAUUUGACAAGAGUCGAAGUGACAGAAUUUGAAGAUAUUAAAUCAGGUAACAGAAUAGAUUUUUAUUUUGACGAAAACCCUUACUUUGAAAAUAAAGUUCUCUCCAAAGAAUUUCAUCUGAAUGAGAGUGGUGAUCCAUCUUUAAAGUCCACUGGAAUCAAAUGGAAAUCCGGAAAGGAUUUGACAAAACGUUCAAGUCAAACGCAGAAUAAAGCCAGCAGGAAGAGACAGCAUGAGGACCCAGAAAGCUUCUUCACCUGGUUUACUGAUCAUUCUGAUGCAGGUGCAGAUGAGUUAGGAGAGGUCAUCAAAGAUGAUAUUUGGCCAAAUCCAUUACAGUACUCCUUGGUUCCGGACAUGGAUGAUGAGGAAGGGGAAGGAGAAGAAGAUGAUGAUGAUGAUGAAGAGGAAGAAGGAUUGGAAGAUAUUGAUGAAGAAGGGGAUGAGGAUGAAGGUGAAGAAGAUGCAGAUGAUGAUGAGGGGGAGGAAGGAGAGGAAGAUGAAGGAGAAGAUGACUAAUGGAACACUGAUGGAUUCCAACCUUCCUUUUUUAAUUUUCUCCAGUCCCUGGGAGCAAGUUGCAGUCUUUUUUUUUUUCUUUUCUCCUUCUCCUCUUGUGCUCAGUCGCCCUAUUUCUAAGGUCUCUUUUCUCCUUUAUACCAUGGCUCACAACUUAUUUGGGGGGGAAAUACCUUGAGCAGAAUUCAGUGGGAAAAGAAUCUCUACCCCUUUCUGUUCCAAAUUCAUUUUUAUCCCUUCCUGUCUCAACAAAAACUUUAUGGAAUCAACACCACCAUGCUCUGUGGGAAAAAAGAAAAACCUUCUGCUCCCUUAGCUCUGCUGGAAGCUGGAGGGUGCUAGGCCCCUGUGUAGUAGUGCAUAGAAUUCUAGCUUUUUUCCUCCCUUCUCUGUAUACUGGGCUCAGAGAUUACACUGUGUCUCUAUGUGAAUAUGGACAGUUAGCAUUUACCAACGUGUAUCUGUCUACUUUCUCUUGUUUAAAGAAAGAAAAAAAAACUUUUAAAAAUGGGGUUAUAGAAGGUCAGCAAAGGGUGGGUUUGAGAUGUUUGGGUGGGUUAAGUGGGCAUUUUGACAACACGGCUUCUCCUGUGGCAUGUUUAAUUGUGAUGUUUAACGGACAUCCGUGCAGUUUAAGAUGACAUUUUUAAAACAAAAUUCUCUCCUAAAGAUGACUUGAGCCCUGCCACUCAAUGGGUGAAUCAGCAGAACCUGUAGGAUCUUAUUUGCAAUUGACAUUCUUUAUUGCAAUUUUGUUCCUGUUCAUUUUUAAAUUUUUCUUUUUGUUUCACUGGAAAGGAAAGAUGAUGCUCAGUUUUAAACGUUAAAAGUGUACAAGUUGCUUUGUUAUAAUAAAACUAAAUGUGUACACACACACAAAAAA